AUGUCCUUCCUGAGCCAACUCCCCUGUUACAACUUACAACCCAAAGUACGGAGUAGCACCAGACCAACCCAAACCACACCAACACCCGAAGCGCCACAGCCAGCUUUACCCAAACACCAUCGCAUCACUGCCAUUUCAAUGUCCUGGAAGCUAACCAAGAGUUUCACGAGAUCUACAUCAACUGCUUCCACUCUAGACCCUAACAAGGACAACAGCCAUGUGGCCUCUCUUUCUGAUAACGGAACAACAGCCAGCUCCAACCCCGCUGUUGCCUUGGAAAAUCCCAGCCAAGCUCCUGUGGUAGAGACGCCAAAACAGGGCAUUCUAGUCGUCACCAUGCAUGAGGCCUGCGCACCACACGACAUCCCGCUUGACGGGCAAUGCGGUGAGCACUACCAGCUCUACGGAAUCGACGUCAUCUCGUACUUCGGCGCCCUUCGCGACCAAUUCACAUCGGCCUCAGUCCUCGCUGGGCCCAAGUACAUGCCAUAUGCUCUGGUCGAUUUCGACAAGGUCCAAGUCUUUAUCAACUCUAUUGAAGGGACGCCAGACAAUCCCAAAUGGGCCGGCUCCAACACCCAGUACAAGUUUGACGUGUCCAGAGUUUCAGAGCUGACAGCACAUCUCUUCAUCCGUAACCCUGCUGCUGCGCGCAGUUUCGACGCCAAACCUGGCAAAAUUGGCGGAACAACUCAAGGAUUCAAUGGCGUUGGGUGGUUCAAUCUACAGCACGGAACAGGGAAGCUCCAGAUUGGUGUCGAGUUUGUCGAGAACCAAGCCAGCAAGCUCAGCAUUGACGACUUUGACUUGUUAAAAGUUAUUGGAAAAGGAAGUUUCGGAAAGAUGCAAUCACCAGAGAAGCUUUACUUCGUUUUAGCUUUCGUGAACGGUGGGGAACUGUUCUAUCACCUCACAAAUGAACGACGAUUUGAUGUAAAUCGCGCCCGUUUCUAUACAGCUGAACUUUCAUGCGCCCUCGAGUGUCUUCAUGGCUUUAACGUCAUCUAUCGAGAUUUAAAGCCAGAGAAUAUCCUCCUCGACUAUCAAGGCCAUAUCGCGCUUUGCGAUUUCGGUCUGUGUAAGCUCGAGAUGAAAGACGAAGACCGCACUAAUACAUUCUGCGGCACGCCUGAAUAUCUCGCACCCGAGCUUUUACUUGGUCAGGGCUAUAAUAAGACUGUGGAUUGGUGGACGCUUGGAGUGUUGUCAUAUGAAAUGCUAACUGGCCUACCGCCGUCUUAUAACGGAGAGACCAACGAAAUGUAUCGAAAGAUACUGUCGGAGCCUCUAAGUUCUCCAGGGAAUGAUGUGGUACCACCGGCAGCUAAGGAUCUCUUGACCAAGCUACUUAAUCGAAACCCGGCGUAA